GGAGAUCCAUUUCUUUGCCAAACCAUCUCACCCGCCAGCUGUUCAUUCUAGCGAGUAGAAUACUCCUCUCUUCCCGCCUUCAUGUGUGUUGGCGGCUCAUUUAUGAGUCCAUUGCAACCACCCCUUGGGUUGGUUGGGAGGAUUCACUUUUCCUGUGCAGCGCACAGCAAAGCCAUAGACUGGCGCGCGGGCGUCUGGUCGUUCCGGCCGGCAAACAACCGAUUCGUGCUUAGUGUAGUGGCCGUCGCUUUGCUGCGUAUCUUCUUCGUUUGCACACACUUUUCCCCUCGCCAAGUUCAAGGUCGGUGGCGGACGUUAGGUUAGUCCAGUGUGCGUCGCAAGAAGAGCAGAGGACCAGUCGAGCAACGCGCCUGUGCGCAAGAAGAGAGAAGCCAGUUCUGGAAAGCUCUUACCAUCAUUACCAUAUUUCUCUCGUUUGCAUUACAUCAUCGGCUUUAGGUUGGUUAGGUUCCUUUCAUCUUCUUCUCCUUCAUCCUGUUUUGUGUGUUUGGGCCUCUCGUCAUAUAAUCCUGUUUUAUCGCCCUUGCGAUGACGUGGUCCGUGCUCUCGCCGACCGUUAAAAAACAUCUUGUUCAAAAAAGAUCAUCAUCAGUAACGACAGUAUUGCGCUGACGUGCGCGCGUCUCUGUUUUCAAAUGCACCUUGCAGGUUAUGGACGCUGAUCUUGAUGUUCACGCUGUCCUCCAACUGUGUGCGUGUUUUUCGUCGAUGACACCAUCACGCUAUAAUUAACGGUUCACUAAUGGUUUUUCAAAAUACAGAUAUAUCGGCCUGUUUAUUCAAUUGCCUUCCGGAGCGAGAUGAUGAUGAUGAUCAUCAUCAUUCUCGACGGUGUUGUUUACUCUGGAACCGGGGUGAGACGGCGUAUGAUCCAUUGGUUUUGGCGUGCCUUUCUUCGUUGUUGCAAUCUUACCCCACCCCAAGAGUACCCACUAAUGUACUUGAUCAUUGUUCGUUGGAUGAAAUUUAGUAACUGGGGACAGCACAGUCACACAGUGAGGAAGCGAGCAAGGAGUAGUAAGUGUUGAUGGCAAGCUAUGCUGUAAACAACUCUUUUUUUAAAUAGAACGUUAUUAUUGCGAUCAGCAGUAGCAUCCGUUUGUGCUGAUCGAUCGAUCAAAUUUUUUUCGGAGUGUUGGAUGGGCAUAUAUGGGUCAAUGAUUGAUGUGGUGUGGAAAGGGAAGAAUAAUCGUUUGUAAUCUGUUUGAAAGUAUAUGUCCGUGGGGCUGACAAAGCAGACAAACAAUUACUCUUGAUACAGAAGCUGUUGCUGUUUGCGUCAUAAAGUGCAUAAAUCUCGUAGUACAUAAUGAGUUCAAAUUGUUGAUUUAAAUGCGUUAUGUUUUGAUUUUUAUUGCAUUGAGAUUUGAAAUCAUAUUACCGUCUAAGGCGUCCUUGACAGUGUCCUGAACCGAUCAUAGUUUAGUGUCGUAAUAGUGCCUUAGUUGGCUCUUCAGCUGCCCUUUACGACUUGGUGCCUUGGUGGACACGUUGUGUGGUCCUGUUCUAUUCCUCUUCCUAAACUCUGGCUCGUUGUUGUAGUAACAUUUUUACUGUUUUUUUAUCACUUUAUACUGCAAAGAUCCUAACUGUAUACGUUAUAAAGCUUUUACCCUGGCAGGAUCAGAAUCUAUAUCGAUCGGAAUGGAGCACUGAGACCUUCUGUAUUAAAACGAACAGGCCUUUGAUGUACGUACUUCGCGUAAAGCAAACGUACAAUUUCCUAUUCUAGUUAGAUCUAGAUUUAGAUUGGUUGAAGAUUUACACAGGACCUCAAUAUUCCUCCAAAUUUUAGUAUCCUACAUCAACACUUAUUUCGUUCGACUACGAUAAAGCUCAGAUCUUAAAUCGUUAUGAGAUCGUGUUCCAAAAUCCUGAUCGCGAUAUCAUUUUAUCCGUAUAUAUAUCGUUACGUUUAAUAUUUUGAUGAUCGAUGUUAUGUUUUGUGUCAAAAAAUUAUUGAAUUUUAUUGCAUAUAACUGAUGCAUAAAACGAGAUUGUCUUUCGUAACUUUCGUAAGCGAAUCUGUUAGUGUUAUCCUUCAGUUAGCGACAUGAAAAUCAAUGUGAAUAUUUCCUUGAACUUUUGGACGACUUAAGCUACUGAUAUUUGCUGAAAACAUAGUAGAACAGCGAAAUCCUGAAUAUGGACGUUGAUCAUUCUCUAAAAGUAACUUACUGUGAAAAACUUGCACUAUUCAUUGUAUUCUUGUUACUGCUUUCAAACACGUUCAGAACAUUCAGCCUUCUAAGGUAUGCCCCAUUAGAUCGUUAUCAAGGUCAUCUUCCGCAUGAUUUCUCCCCUAGUCCCUGAGGUUUCCGAUGACAUGAUCAACAACACUGGAUUCUGGCGAGUCUAAUGCAUUCUUUCUCUGUGAGUUCAUCGAUCAACUGAUAAACUAAAACUAGCCAUUCCACACAUUCCACAUCAAAUGUCUCCAUCUGAGGGGAUAUUGCAAUCAACAAUUGUAAGAUGAAUUGGUGUAUUAUGUUACACAAUCAUAGCUUAUAGGGUGUACUACUUCAAGUGUUUGUUUGAUUUUACUGUCAUAAACCCAUUUUGUUUCAGAAAUGAAGAAAUUCUUUCCUGUGGAUUUGCACUUUACACCAACAUUGAUUACGUGCAAUUUCAAAAUAGCUAUUUCAGAGCGCAUUCUACAUUAUUGGGCAUCAUUUCUCGCUGGCAGUGCUGCAAAAUGUCACUGUCAAUGUCAUAAAAAAUCCGACUGAAACAAAAUCCAUGUCAGCGUCACGUACUCAGUUGUUAUAAUCAGAGCUGAUGCUCAAACAGUUGGUGUGACCCAUACAUGCUUGAUGACAGUUUAGUAUCCAACGAUUGUUCAAUCACUUUGUCAUGACUUUUUUUAAUCUGAUCAGUGCUGCAAAAUGUCACUGACAUAGUCAUGACAAAUUCCGGCUGAAUUAAAAUCAUGUCAGCGUCACGAGCUCUUCGGUAAAGAUCAGAGGUGAGACUCAAACAGUUUGUGCGACCAUAUGCUUGGUGACAUUUUGUGCAACCAACCCUUGGUCAGUAAUUUUCUAUCGGUGAUGAUCACGAUAGUCAUGGGAGAUGUGCGAUGCGUGCCACUUGAGACUACUUAAGCGUCAAAAUGAGUAUGCUUUUUUGCUCAGAUGCUUAAUCGUCCUACCCAACAGAGCAUCAAAGCAGACAAAGCGAGAAGGCAUGCUAAUUUUAUUUGCAUGAGACCCCUUGCCAAGUACGUUCCAAGAAUGUCAUAAUCAUCACCGACAGAAAAUGUCGUGACCGAGUCAGUGAUCAAGAGUUUGGUACUACAUAAAAUGUCACCAAACUUUUGAUUGGUCCACCAACUGUUUGACUCUCACCCCUGAUCAUCACAGUUGUGUAUGUGAUCUUGAACUUCGUUUCAGUGAUGAGUGUUGGUGACCGAAACAGUGGCAUUUGGCAGCACUGUUCACAGUCAGAAAAAGUCAUGAUUAUGUUUACGUUAUGUUUGCAUUAAACUCAGCCUACCUCAGCUCACUAUCAGUCAGAGUAUUGCGUUGCACUGAAGCAUUCGCUCGUCGCGUUCGACAUGUCAUGGCAUACAUUCAUUCAAUAUCAAUCAGCAAUGAACAUCAAGCUACCACGGAUAUGUUCAUUAUUUUCGAUUGUUAUUAUCACAUGAUGCUCGUGACAUUUUGCCUUGAACCUACCUUACGCUGGAAAUUGACCAAGAGCUAAGAUAGAUAAAGAGAGAUACUUUCUCAGGGACUUUAAAUAUAUAAAUACAGACAUGAGCAAGUGACGAGAGAAUUGGUUUUGGAGAAAGUCCUUCGAGAAAAAUCUCGUCCGAGCAUCGUGCGAACUCACGAUUCGAAAAACCCUCCGACUACGUACAGUACCUGCACGAAGGCGACUACCUGAACCGAACGAACAAGCUGCUCGCCUGUCUGGAAAGUCUACGCGUCGCGCUAACCAGCAAUCCGAUCAGCUGGAUCAAGGACUUUGGCGAGGAUGGCAUCAACGAGAUCGUGUCCCUGCUGCGGUACUGCAAAACCGUGCCGCGCCGCAUGCACAAAAUCGAGUACGAGUGUCUCCGCUGCCUGAAGGCGAUCCUGAACAACUCCUGGGGCUUGAACGUGAUCCUAACGCCCGAUCAGCAUGCGGUAGUGCUACUGCUGGCGCAGUGCAUCGACACCACCCAGCCGCACACGAUGUGCGAAGCGAUCAAGCUCCUGUCCGCCCUGACGCUGCUGAAGGAUCGCAACGGGUACGAGAAGGUGCUGCGGGCCAUCACCAACGUCAGCUCGAUGCGGAAGCCGGGCGCGGAGCGGUUCCGCCCGAUCGUGGAGGGCCUGCUGAUGGACAACGAUCGCAACUACGAGCUGACCUGCAGCACGAUGAUCUUCAUCAACUGCAUCAUCAACACGCCGACGGACAUCAACUUCCGGCUGCAUCUGCGCUGCGAGAUCAUGCGCGCCGGGCUGUACGAGCGGAUCGACCAGCUGUCCGAGAUGGUGGACAAGUGCGGCAACGAGAAUCUGGUGAACCACAUCAAGAUCUUCAACAGCUACCGGGAGGAGGAUUUCGAGGAGUUUAGCAAUCGCUUCGACAACGUCCGGCUCGAGCUGGACGACAUGAACGAUUGUUUCGAGCUGCUGAAGAACCUGGUCGCCGACACGGCGAGCGAACCGUACUUCCUGUCGAUCCUGCAGCAUCUGCUGUUCAUCCGGGAUGAUCACCAGUACCGGCCGGCCUACUUCAAGCUGAUCGAGGAGUGCGUUUCGCAGAUCGUGCUGCACAAGAGCGGCUACGAUCCGAACUUUGACAGUCGCGACUUCCACAUCGACACGAGCACGCUGCUGGACGACAUGGCGGAAAAGACGAAGCAGAUUGAGAGCAAAAAGUCGGAAGACUUCGAGAAGCGCAUGACCGAGCUGCAGACGGCCAAGCAGGAGGCGGAGGCGCGCGUGGCCGCGCUGGAAGACCGCCUCAAGGAGAUCGAGGCGACCGGUGUGGUCGUGUCGCCGAAGGGGAAGAGCAAGCUACCUCAAAUCACCAUUCCACCGCCACCGCCCGGUUUGCUGCCCGGCGGUGGCCCUCCUCCACCUCCUCCUUGUCCCGGUGCCGUACCCGUCAUGAUGGGUGGUGGUGGUGGUGGUGCGCCACCUCCACCUCCACCACCGUUCCCGGGAGCGGCGGCGGGUGGUCCACCACCACCGCCCCCGAUGCCCGGCAUGGGCGGUCCGCCACCUCCCCCGCCACCGAUGAUGAUGAUGGGUAUGCGGCCACCGGGAAUGCCACCACCGUUCCCGAACGCUGCCCCCAAGCCGCUCCCAUAUGGGCUGAAGCCCAAGAAGAAGUGGGACACGGAUGGGCCGAUGAAGCGCGCCAACUGGAACGGGCUGGACGCGAAAAACCUGUCCGAAAACUCGUUCUGGGUGCAGGUGCAGGAGGAGCAGCUGGCCGACAAUGACAUGUUCGCCCGGCUCGCCCUCAAGUUCUCCUCCAAGCCGGCGAAACCGAUCGACAAGGACGCGGCCGACCGGCCCCAGUCGUCGAAGAAGAACGUCGAUCUGCGCGUGCUGGACGCGAAGGCGGCCCAAAACCUGUCCAUCCUGCUCGGCGGCUCGCUCAAGCAUCUGUCCCACGAGCAGAUCCGCACCUGCCUGCUGCGCUGCGACACGUCCGUGCUGAGCCCGAGCGUGCUGCAGCAGCUCAUCCAGUACCUGCCGCCGCCCGACCAGCUCAAGCGGCUGCAGGAGAUCCGGGCGCGCGGCGAAGAUUUGGCCGGGGCGGAGCGGUUUGCGGCCACGAUCGGGGACAUCAAGCGGCUCGGCGCGCGGCUGCAGAGCCUCAGCUUCAAGAUCGACCUGCCCGACAUGGUGCAGGACGUGAAGCCGGACAUCGUGGCGGGGACGGCGGCCUGCGAGGAGGUGAAGACGAGCAAAAAGUUUGCCAAGGUGCUGGAGCUGAUCCUGCUGCUCGGCAACUACAUGAACUCGGGCUCGAAGAAGGACCCGGCGUACGGGUUCGAGAUGAGCUUCCUGCCGAAGCUGUCCAGCACGAAGGACCACGAGAACAAGCAGACGCUGCUGCACUAUCUGGCCGAGGUGAUCGAGAGCAAGUUCCCGGAGGCGCUCACCUUCUACGAGGAUCUGUCCCACGUGGACAAAGCGUCCCGCGUCAGCCUCGACACGAUCCAGAAGACGAUGCGCCAGAUGAACAACGCGCUGAAGAACCUCGAGUCCGAUCUGAACAACAACAAGGUGCCGCAAAGCGAGGACGACCGCUUCCUGGAUGUGAUGGGCCAGUUCGCGGUGGAGUGCCGCGCGCAGGUGGAGGUGCUGGGCCGCAUGCUGGCCCAGAUGGAGUCACUGUUCGGCAGCCUGUCCGAGUACUACUGCUUCGAUCCGGCCAAGUACACGAUGGAGGAGUUCUUUACCGACAUCAAAACGUUCAAGGACGCGUUCGUGCAGGCGCACGCCGACAACUGCCGGUUGCGCGAGGAGGAGGAAAAGAAGCGCCGAGCGCAGGAGGCAAAGGAACGGUCCCAGCGCGAACUGCUCGAACGGCAGCAGCAGCGCAAGGUCGAUCUGAUCAACAUCGAUGCGGCGCAAACGCAGGAAGGCGUGAUGGACAGCCUGCUCGAGGCGCUCCAGACCGGGUCGGCGUUCGGCAAUCGGGAGCAGCGGCGAAGGCGCGGCCCACGGCCAGCCGGUGCCGAGCGGCGGGCCCAGCUGAACCGCAGCCGGUCGCGAACGGGCAUCACCGCGAGUGCGUUCUCCAGCCGGGAGAUGCUGUCGGAGCUGCUCGGGCCGGCUUAGAUGCCCCCCGGUGUGUUGCCAGAGAGUGUGCCACUGAGUGCCACUGAGUGCCACGGAGUGUGUAUAGUUUUGAGAUUCAUUUUGCAAAAUGGGAUUCCCCCACCUUUAGCGGACCCAGUUGCGCAAGGGCAAUUUUACAAGGACUGUGUGUGUGUGGGGGGGUUGUUUUUUUAAUCCAAUUGGAACGGAACAUUAUCCAGAAAAUUCAGUAUUCUUCUUCUUUUUUUACAUGAACAAUAAUUACACUAGGAUGCAAUAAUAAUAAUACACUCUGAGGAUGGGACAAAAAUUGUAGCUAUAUUUGGGUGCACAUAGGGAUAGGAAGGGAACUACAAUGCCAUCCGUGCCACAGUGUCCCUCUUUACCUGGAAAGGAAAAAAAGAAACCACCGUUCCAUGAUCUAUUUCUUCGAUGGACGAUGGUCAUCAUUGUAAGGAAAUGGAGAAAGAGAGGAGAGAGAGAGCGAGAGAGAGAGAGAGAGAGAUAGAGAAAGAGAGAGCGAGAGAGAGAGAGAGAGAGAGAGAGAGAGAGAGAGAAGGAGAGAACAAAAUGCCAACGCCAAAAUCCGCAAAAAAAAACUGGCGAUCGUCUUACCUUAACCACACAACGCAAAAGACUUAUAACACACACACAGAGACAAAAGCGCCUUAUAAUUAAAGGUUGGAGUUAAAUCCCCAAGAAUGUGAAACAAAAAACCGUGAUAAAUGAACGAAUUGUAAGCACAAAACCCACGGCGCCACACACUCUACUCCUAAAGUGUCGACGCACGCACGCACCGACGUCCUUUAGUUUAGGAAUUGCGCGUGAUCUUUACGGGAGACCACCACAAAACAACAAGUAGUAAGAUAGAAUAGGAGACCGAUGGGGCUGGAGUUAAAAAAUCGAGUUGUAAAAUAAUACGUACGCGUCAAGGAUAAUAAUGGGAUAUAAUGGGUCCCCGUCGCAAUGGGAGGUUUCUAUCCGCGCCAUACAACACCAAGCACAACACAUGAUGCAAACGAAAAGGAACCAUCCCCCACCCUGUUUUUGACCCCUUUUAUUGAUCUGGUAUAGGGGCAGCAGAAGCACAAACAACAACAAUAACAACAACAAAAGACACCAAUGGCCUGGAAUGGAAUGUGAGUGAGAGGGAAUGAGAUUUAUAAAAUCGAGAUGUGCCUCUUCUAUGUUUUGCUUAUUUGUUUAAUUUUUACCCCCGGAUACACCAAAACGGCUGCCGUGUGUCCGUGGUAGGUGCAAAGCAUACAUUAACAAACAUUUCGUUCUUUUUGUCACAUAUUGCGAUCCCAAAAAGUGUGCUGGACAAAAAGGGAAGAUAGAUAGAGACAAACAAACAAUCCAAUUGGAAUCCACCACAACAACGAAUGAAAUUACAAGAAAUUGCCUGGUUUCUACAUUAAUCCUAAACAAACAACCAUUGUUACAAAAUAGAAAAGGUAUUAUACAAUAUAUAUACAAACCACAACAUAUCAUUCGACUGCAAACCGUGCGCAAAAUUACGUUUAUUAUACACAGUAAUGAGCAACACAUAAAACAGCCUUUUGUUUUUUUGUUUUUUGUUGCUGCGAUGGUGUUUACAGUUUUUUUUUAUUCAUAUUAGGCUAUAAGUAGAUUUGUUGCUAUACAAUUUACAAAACUAUUUUCUCUUCUGUGUUUAUUAUAGUUCGACAAAAUAUCAACCUGUACAGAUGUCCUUUUGUUAAGAAAAAAAACCGUAAUAAAACAGAAAAAAAACCUCACAUUUCUUAAGCAAAA